AUGUCUUUUGGUUUACUUCCGUCAACGACCACCAAUAGAGUUUUCCCAAACACACAAGAAGUAACAUCCAAUACCAUUACUACUCCUUACAAUAUUAAUGAAUCCGACAAUCAUCGUACUUUUGCCAAUCAAGAACAACAACAACUACUUCAAACAAUUUUACACGUUACGGAUGAAGAGGAAUUCGAUAUUUCUCCACCUCCAAGUUACGCCGAAUCAAUGGGUCUAAUAAAUUCACCACCUAAAUAUGAAACAAUGACACGAGAUUAA